AUGGUCGCCGACGCCCUCAUCUACCACCCAUCGGUGGCCCACUACAACAAGUUUGUCGCCACGACCGUCGGCCGCGACAAGGUCCUCCGCACCCUUCAGUACUUCGCCCGCUUCUACGCCUGGUACCUCUUCCGCACCAAUGGUUCCAAGGCGGAGAUUGCCCCCUGGGACGCCAUCAAGAAGCAGUUCGGUCUGACCCGCAAAAUCAUGCGCGUCGGCAAGAACAUUGAACACUUCAAGGCCGCUGCCGCCGCUUCUGACGCGAAGACCACCGACCCCGUCCUCCGCUACGCCGCCGUCGGCCGCCAGCUGGGCUAUGCCGGCUACUUGACCUUUGAUGCCGCCACCGUCCUCGAUGCUGCCGGCAUUAAGAAGUGGGAGGGCGCCAAGAAGUUACAGAAGGAAGCCUUCCGCUUCUGGGCCAUAGGCCUCAUCUUCAGCGUCGUCGCCCAGACCUAUACCCUCUACCGCCUCCAGCAGCGUGAGGCUAAGGUCGACAAGAAGGAGGGCGAGGGUGUUGUUGAGGCCAAGAGAAUAGCACUUGAGCGCGCCGCCAGCCGCCUGCAGCUUAUCUCCGACCUCUGCGACUUGACCGUUCCCACUUCUGCCCUUGCUUGGCUUAACUUUGACGACGGGAUUGUUGGCCUUGCUGGCACCGUGAGCAGUUUAAUCGGCGUCUAUACCCAGUGGAAGAAGACGGCAUAA